GAUGUACAAAGGACAAACUCCCUGACAGACCAACGGAGCGAGGUAGCUGGGUCAGGCCAAUUAUUAGUAUAGGCGUUUCUAAAUUGAAUUUUACACCGGUGUGGAGUCUUGAUUUGGCAUUUCACAUUAUUUUAUUGAUGUUUUACUUCAUUUUAAAACAGUAGCUGGUGUUUGAUUUUUGAUUUAGAUUUUUUAUUUUGGGUUGGCACUGAAGGCAGACUUUUUCAAGAGCUUCAGCUUCAGAUAGUUGGACACUUAAGAAAAAGAUUUAAUCAUAGGGCAGUUAUCAAGGUUCCUGGUUGAUGCAGUGGAGUAAACAAGAAGAAUGGAGGAUCUGAGAGAAAGAGGAAAGAAAAGAGAAGGAAGGCACAGGGAUACAUGGGAUCCAUUCCAGCUGAACCCCGCAGGAGCUGAGAAGGAAGAAAAGAGAAGAUGUUUCCAGCUGGCUCAGCAUCUGGUGGCUGUUUUGGUGGGGUUAGCUGUCUUGGCCGCUGCUGUUGUUGCAAAGGGCUCCCUGCUGGUGUUGUCAACAUUGUCCAGUCCAACGUCCCGGCGCAGCCCGAAGGAAAAACAGUUCUACAUGCUGAUGUUGAUGUUCUGCCUGGUCUUCCCCAACUUCCUGGUCUUUUUGAAAUCACUGUGGCGAUGUUCCUUCAAGAGCUUUGUACCACCCAAAAUGAAGAUCAUGGGAUUUAUUUGCCUCAUUGAGGUCCUGGUCUCUCUCGGUACUUCAGUCCUUGUGCUGGUGGUUAUGCCUCAGUUUGACGUCCUGACUAAUCUCUUCAUCAGUGGAGGAGUCUGCAUUGUGUCUGCAAUUAUGCAGAUAAUAUUCAGACUACAGCGAGAUAACUGGAAAAUUGUGUUCCCAAUCUGCUCCCUCAUACUCACCUCUAUUGGUUACUGCAUGCUGGGAAUUGACUACUAUGUCCGUGUAACGUCAUAUGUGGACAGACAGGGUUCUGACUGCUAUAUCUACGUGGCACUUGGAAUUUUCUCUUCCCUCCUUGUCUCGUUGUGCUGGUGGGAAAAUUCACUACAAGCAACCAACCGCAUGCAGGAUACGUUGUCACAACUGGAUGGUUUCAGAGACUUUGUGUUUGUCAUCAGCAGUAUUCUGAGGAUAUUAGUGAUAGGGGCCGUAUACCUGAUCUACCACAAGCUAAUUGCGAAGACCAUCUUAUGGGACAAUUUCGUCCUGCGUGACGGAGAACUCCUGAAAACAGGACUAGUGUUGUUUUUCUUACAAGCCUUCUGCUCAGCAGCCUGCCACUGGUUUGGAGUGGUGGCCUGUAAGAUUCAUUCUGUCAGGAUGAGUUUUGCCCUUCCUCUAUGUUGCACUGGACCUGCAAUGCUACUGCUGGGAAUAGUGCUGUUUUUUACACUGGGAUGGAAACUGGAUAAUGGGACAAAAUCAGAAAGCAUCAUAGAAUUUUGUGACAAGUUGCUCUAUCUGAACACCAAAAACACUUCUGUGGUCUUACUCGAGCUUACUAGGAGCAUGUGUCGGACUUCACUAAACAGCCACUACUUUCAAUGGCCUUUUUCCAUGCUGGCACUGGAGGGAGUGUGCAUGUGGUCAGGCUUUGUCACAUGUACCUACUACGUAUGGAAGAUCAAGGUCCAGCGUAUAGAAAGAACAUCUCAGCUCUUUGUUCGUCGACUGUAUGAAUCUGCUUUCAUUGACCUGUCUCUGCUACUCAACACCAAGAUGAAGGUUCCAAAAGCCAAAACCCAAGAAAGCCAUGAUGAAAUGCAGAAGUGUGUGAUCUAUCUGUGCGCCACCAUGUGGCAUGAGACCUACGACGAGAUGCUGAAGAUUCUCACCUCCAUGUUCAGGCUGGACCGUUAUCGAGGGGAUCCAAAGGAAGAACACAAGGACUGUUUUGACUUUGAGUGUCACAUUUUAAUGGACGAUGCCUUCAUGACUGACGAUGACACAAACAAGAGGCUGGUUAAUACUUAUGUUAAUGACUUGAUCCAUGUUGUCAUUGAAGUUUACAGGGUCUUCACCAACAAAGAGCCUGACGAUGUGUCGAUCAUUGAGACUCCCUACGGUGGCAGGUUGAUGUUUGUUCUGCCAGAAGGGAACAUGCUCUAUGUUCACCUAAAAGACAAACUACUCAUCAGGAACAAAAAAAGAUGGUCCCAGAUAAUGUACAUGUAUUACCUGCUUGGCUGGAAAGGCUACAUUGUGAAGAACCCUUCAAAGAUCCCACAAUUGAAUAACUUUUCCAGAGCCAGUUUGGUCUCUCUGGAUAGUGAGACUUUCGUGUUGCCUCAGUAUGACAACGACAACAAACGCAAGUUCAUCUCAGACGACAACACGUAUAUUCUUGCUCUUGACGGAGACACUGACUUCCACCCUAAAGCUGUGAUUCUGCUUGUAGACAGGUUGAGGAUGUAUGACAAUGUAGGUGCAGCAUGUGGUAGAAUCCAUCCUACUGGCAUGGGUCCCAUGGUGUGGUACCAGAAAUUUGAGUAUGCAGUAGGUCACUGGCUCCAGAAGACAGCAGAGCAUGUGUUUGGUUCUGUGCUGUGCAGUCCGGGAUGCUUCAGUCUAUUCAGAGGGUCGGCCUUGAUGGAUGACCAUAUUUUAAAAAGAUACUCAACAACUGCACAAAGAGCUCAAGAAUAUGUGCAGUAUGAUCAAGGGGAGGAUCGAUGGCUGUGUACUUUGCUAUUGCAACAAGGCUGGCGUGUCGAGUAUAAUGCGGCUUCAGAUGCAUACACCAACUCACCACAGGAAUUUGAAGAGUUUUACAACCAGAGGAGACGAUGGGGACCUUCAACAUUGGCUAAUACACUGGACCUUCUCCACAGUGGUCCAGAGACAGUGAAGAGAAACGAGUCCAUCUCAAGGAUUUACGUCUUCUACCAGAUGUUCACUGUUGGAUCUUCUAUCCUGGGACCUGCCUCUGUGACUCUCAUGAUAGCAAGUGCUUUCCAGUUCGUCUUCAGACUCACUGGUACACUCUCCAUCAUCGUCGCGUGCGUUCCCCCCGUGUUCUACAUCCUCAUUUGCUUUUUAACCAAGUCUAAUACCCAAAUAACCAUUGCUGGCAUUAUGAGUGUUCUGUAUGCAUUCCUCAUGACUGCGUCCUUCUUUUCCAUCAUUGGUGACAUGGUGAUUCAGCAAACCUUCUUGACCCCCACUGGAUUGUUUUUGAUUUCAAUGGCAAUCAUGUACUUGAUAACAGCUUUACUCCACCCUGAGGAGUUUUUCUUGAUUAUCUAUGGUCUGAUGUAUUUCAUCUGCAUCCCCAGUGGAUAUCUCCUUUUGACCAUCUACUCACUGGUUAACAUGAACAAUGUGUCCUGGGGCACAAGGGAAACCAACAAGGGAGGUGUAGAGCAGAAGAAACUACACAAUCUUCUCUGUGACAAAACCUGUAGAUGCUGCUGCUGGGACAUGAAGAUACAGAUAACCCAGGAAACGGAGCGUCUGAUAUUUCAGCAGCUCGCAGGUCAGAUUACACAGCACAUCCCAGUCAAUGCAAUCACCCAAAACGAAACACCUCUACACCCAGCCUUAAUGCUGGAGCCUCACACCAGACAAGACACCAAGAAAGAAGAAGCCAAGGAAGAGGUUGAAAGACCUCUAGUUGAUGAUUUGAGGAAGAAGGCAGCAAAGAGCAGUGACCUGGGUUCCAGUAGCAGUGACGACGGUGCUGAAAACAAGAGCAUGAGUUCAUCUGAUGAAGAAGACAGUGAUCAUGAUCAUGAUGAUGACUAUAUGAUUCGUGAGGCAGAGAUUCCUGCCGCUGACUGGGUGCACCCAGUGAAAGAAGAAUUUCUGAAAAAGCUGACAUACUUCAACAUGAAGAGAAAUCUACAAGAACAAAUACGAUAUGCACUCCGUAACAAAGAUUAUGAUGAAGUGUGCGAAGACUUGGUGCUAAUGUUAACAGACACACUCAAUGUGGAGCUCAAUUCAGUGGGGCCUGAAGACGUUCUGUCAGACUAUCAGCUGGAGGAGUUACAACUUGCGCUAAACAGACAGGCACGGCAAACCCUUAAGACCAAUCGAAUGGAGAAGUUGGAAAAGAGAGUAAAGCUAGCCAUUGAGAAAACACUCGCUGCCCCACAAGUGCAAAAGCUAGAAGAGAAUGAGAACGACUUCUGGAACAAGCUAAUCGAGCGCUACCUGAAACCAAUCACUCACACUAAAGAACAUCAGGAAGAAGUCAACAGAGAACUAAAGUCACUGCGAAACAAGGCGGUCUUCCUGUAUUUCAUCAUAAACGUGCUCUGGGUGGUAGCUACCUUCUUCUUGCAGGCCAUUGGAAAUGAUGUCAUCAGCAUCAAGAUCCCAAAGUAUUAUCCCAAUGGAACUAAAAGUGAUGAAUUCCUCAAGGUGGAGCCUCUCACUUUGAUGUUUCUGUUGUCUUUUGCUAUUCUUCUCAUUGUGCAGUUUCUGGCCAUGUUAUAUCACAGAGUCUACACCCUGAUCCAUGUGGUGUCCUAUCGCAGCUCGGAGAAAAACUACAAAGAGAAAGAGGAAGAAGACACUGGUGAUGGCCACUUCAUUAUGGAGAACCCUGCACACAAUGAAAUUUUCUUGACAACUGAAGACCUGUAGUCAGAAACAAGAAGAUGUAGCUGCAGAGACGCAACAACAAGCCGACAGUGGCAUCAUUAGCAAGCUUUUUGCCACCUCAGGGCCGUUUCCUCCACUCUGGUUCAUUUUCCUCAGGUUUCACUCUGCAUUAAAACACGGUACAUUCUGGUCAUGAUCAUAGCACGCACUGUCACACAGUCCUUGUAGACAUCCCAUGUCUUUAGCUUUCCAUCACAGGAAAUAAUUUACUUUUUAUCUAUUAUGUAGCAGCUGUUUUGCCUCCCGGUAUAAUCCAGCAGGGGAGGCCAAAUGGCACAGGGGAAAUCAGUCAGAACAGAUCCAAUAAACUUUGUUUGUCAUUGCACAAUGAAUUAUUAACAUGUGAGAAUGGGACCUAACACAAUAAUAUCAAAGGAUGGAGUGAUUUUAAUGAUCGGCUGUUUCAUUUUAAUAUAACUGCUUGUAAGAUUGCUGUUUUUGCUAUCAGAACUAUAGUUGAAUCCAUCAGGUUUACUGAUUUUGCACCUCACUAUAAAACAAAUAAAAAAAAGCUCUUUGAAAUAAGAUGCAUUUUAAGUUUACUGAAAAAUCUGUGUAAAUCCGGUUAUUGUUCAUCUUCAACUCUUGCAUCCAAAUCAAUAAAAGGGACUACAGUACUGGGCUAGAUGUAGAGGGGAGUAUAAUAUUUUCAUCUGUCUGGGUAUUUAUGAAAAGUGUGUAUCUAAAUCCUUGGUCAAUAUUAAAAUAUUGACAGGUACUUGAAUGUGCAGGAAACGGUGCCAGUAAUGCAAUAUUUGCACAUAGACGGUUGUUAAGAAAUUCUUUUAGUUUAUUUUAUAUUGUGGUGUAAUUAAACUGUGUUGCCCUUCCAAUAUUGUGUCAGUAUAUUGUGAUUAUGUCUGCCAAGUACAGCAAUGCACUAGACAAAGUGGACAAAAUUGGUAAAUUUUAAAAAUUAUUGUGGGCAAAAAUGUUCUUGUAUUGAAAAAUAUUAAAUAACGACGGAACAAAAUGUCAAGCUGUCUGUCAACAAUAAACCUUACAACUUCUGAUCUAACUAUGCAAUACAGUAAAAUGAAUAUUUAUGUACUGUGACUCAACUUUGUUAUCUAAUAGCAAUGUGUGGCUCAUUUAAAUAAUUAAACAUACAUCAUGCAGAUUUCA